UCCUCCUCACCAGCCAAUAACAGAGUAGGUGCCUGUUAUUUUGGAACCUGCCUUGGGCAGAGAAGUUGAAUUGUAUGUACGUCCUGGAAGCAGCAAAAGCAUCGAGGGUUGGAGACAGAGAGAGGGGCCUACAGAAGAUGACGGAAUACAAGCUGGUCGUUGUUGGAGCUGGUGGCGUGGGCAAGAGUGCGCUGACGAUACAGCUGAUUCAGAACCAUUUCGUAGAUGAAUACGACCCUACAAUAGAGGAUUCGUACAGGAAGCAAGUAGUCAUAGAUGGCGAGACCUGCCUCUUGGACAUUCUAGACACAGCCGGCCAAGAGGAGUACAGUGCGAUGAGGGACCAGUACAUGAGGACGGGCGAAGGCUUUUUAUGCGUAUUUGCUAUAAAUAACACAAAAUCUUUCGAAGAUAUUCAUCAUUAUAGGGAACAAAUAAAAAGAGUGAAAGAUUCUGAAGAUGUCCCCAUGGUGCUAGUAGGAAACAAAUGUGACUUGCCUUCGAGAACCGUAGACACAAAACAAGCUCAGGACUUAGCUAGAAGUUACGGAAUUCCUUUCAUCGAAACCUCUGCGAAAACGAGACAGAGAGUGGAGGAUGCAUUUUAUACAUUGGUGCGAGAGAUCCGCCAGUACAGAUUGAGAAAAAUCAGCACAGAAGAAAAGACUCCUGGGGCGUUGACGAUGCCUUCUACACAUUAGUCCGGGAAAUCCGAAAACACAAAGAGAAGAUGAGCAAAGAUGGCAAAAAGAAGAAAAAGAAGUCGAAGACAAAGUGUAUAAUUAUGUAAAUGCAACUUAACCCUUCGUCCUUAAGGUGUACGUCGGUAAACGUGAUUCAUUUUUGUACCAUUACACUAAAUUAUUAGCACACA